AUGCCCAAGAAGGCAAAAUCAUCAGGAUCUAGCACCAGUCCAGUCACGUCGCCAAGCACUGCAACCGAGCUCCUUUCGAAUAUGCAGAAGAAGGUGGCCGCUGCCCCUGCAACCUUUACUCUUGCAGGAGUCCCGCCAUCAGCUAGUCGCCAAACUCCAAAGGCUCCAGACUCAUCAAUCGACAACAAUGAGACCGACAACGAGUCUCAUCCUUUCUUGAGUGAGAUCAAGAAAAAGUCAAUCAAGAAAAUUGAAUUCUAUCGAAUCCUUUUGCACUUCAACCCGGCGACCAAGGCUCGUGUGACUGGCCUCAAAGCGCUCUUAGUGGCAGAAUUUGAAAAAGAUUUGUUACCGCGCCUUCUGCCAUUUAUAUCAGCCGCGCCGCCUACUCCUACGGACACCGAGGAAGACGACUUUGAUCCUAUGGCCUCCACUACAACUCGUUGCAUGUUGAAAGAGGUUCUUCAGCGUCGAGCCCCCAGCGUGAACAUUCCUUCAAUCGCCAAGAUAGAUGGUUUACGCCGUCUUUACAAAGAACACAUCAAUCCAGAUCUCAAAUUACCCGAAGUUACGGAAUUCACCAAAGCACCUCGUGCCCUCAAAGAGAAAGCUCUCAAGGGACACACAAUCGAACACCUCCGUUUUGCUCUCCAAUGCAAAAACCCUGAGGUAUUCAUUCACACUGCCGGCUUGGAUCGUCCUGUUUGCCUUGCCUCAUACAUCAAGUUUAUCUGUGAAGGAAUGUCAUGCCUUCCUCACGCACCUGAUUUUGUUACUGAAACUACUUUGUAUUGCUUGCACUGGACUGUACUGCCUGUCAAUUUACCGUGUUCUAUUGCUUAUGACAAUAUGGUACAUAAGGAGAUGAAUAAAGGCUACAAUUCAUCUCGUUACGAGAUCAUCGUCAGCCAUUGUACAUGUAUAAUCAUGGAUAUACUACCAGAAAUUGGACCACAAACAUAA